AAAUCAGCACAACCGGUAAAUUUUGAGAGAAAUUAUUCUGCGCGGAUGGUCUGUGCACUGCCUACAGAGUCGCUUAGAAUAAUUUGCCAAAUUUUUAGAAUUUGGGCAUUCAAUCCUGCCGCCUUCGUGGUUUGGGCGAGAGAAGUCCCAGUUUUGUUUUCGAUUAUGCGAUUCUUAAAAAGAGCGUUUUUUACAAGUAGUUGAAGGGAGUGGAAAGAAAGGAGAAGAAGGAGACGAAAAUAUGUGCAUAGCUGCUUGGAUUUGGCAGAAUCAUCCCAAGUAUUCGCUUUUUCUUUUGUCCAAUAGAGAUGAGUACCACGACAGGCCUACACGGCCAGUGGAGUGGUGGGGGGAGGCCGAUGAUAAGAUUUUGGGAGGAAGGGAUGAAUUAGCUGGUGGAACAUGGCUGGGAUGUACAAGAAGUGGAAGAUUGGCUUUCCUUACUAAUUAUAGGGAGCCGAACCCUUCCUCUACUGCAAAAAGUAGGGGAGAUUUGACCCUUAGAUUCUUGCAGAGCCACAUGAGUCCUUUGGAAUAUGCAGAGGAGACGGCUAAAGAAGCAACUGAAUACAAUGGUUUCAAUCUAAUAUUAGCUGAUAUCCGCUCAAAAGUCAUGGUUUAUGUUUCUAAUAGACCAGAAGGUGAGCCUGCUUCAGUUCAGAUUGUUUCUCCAGGUCUUCACGUGCUCUCUAAUGCAAAGUUAGACACUCCUUGGCCAAAGGCCCUGCGGCUCCAUGAGAACUUUAACAAACUUCUAAGGAGAUAUGGUAAUGAAGAAAUCCCAGAGAAGGAAGUAUUUGUGAACCUUAUGAGUGACAGUGUUAAAGCUGAUUUAAAUAGAUUGCCUAAUACUGGCUGUGAGCCUGAGUGGGAGUUCAAUUUGAGUUCGACCUUUGUUGAUAUUGAGAGCAAAAGGGGUCGGUAUGGAACUCGAAGCAUGGCUGCGCUAUCUGUGGUAUCAAAUGGGGAGGUAAGCUUCUAUGAGAGAUACUUGGAUGUAAAUGAUGGAGAAUGGAGGGAACACACCUUCGAGUUUCAGAUGGACGAUUUGAAGCAAAAGGAAGACUAGGAUUUUUGUCGGAAGACCAAGUGACGAUGAGAAAUUAUUAGGUUCGAACACCGGACAAAGAGAAUCAUCCGGAUUUUUCUGUCUACAGUAAAAACACAGUCAAAGUGCAACUGCUAUAGUAACUGCGAUUUGACUGCACUUUUACUGUAGACAGAGAGAAAUUCAGAUGAUUCUUUUUGUUCGAUGUCCGAACCUAAUAAUUUGCCAAUAACGAGGCCUUUUGUGAUAUCCUGUACAUUUCUCCUAAGUUGAAGUCAUUACACUGCUAAGCUACAACCAUUUCUCGAGUUUAGUAGGAGAAGCUUCUUCUAAGUUUUCUUUUACUGUUCUUCAAAUUGAUAUAUAACACUGAUUACGGCUUUGUUUGAAACGGCUUUCUUACUGUUUUUUAAAACAGUUUUUUAGUACAAAAAUUUUUGUACUAAAAAAACUGCCUCAGAAAACAAUAAGAAAGCCGUCCUAAACGAAGCCUAUGUUGCCUUAGCUUCUCCUUCUUUGUAGUUUUAUUUAAUAUAAUUCUUACACAGUUGUAAAGAAGUUAUGGUUGGUUAUUUUUUUCAUUAAAUUAUCCUUUUUGUUCCGAAGUUUA